CCAACGGCUCGUUUCGGUUUUGGCUUUUUCUACUUAAUUUUUGAACACUCCUUGUAGUGGCUUGUGUUUGCCUAGAAAGUAAAACUCAGAGUCAUAAUUAUGUAUAAAAGUAUUAACAGCUACGCCUGACGGUUUUGUGUAGCUAGUAUUUCCAACAGUAGCGCUUCAGUCUCUGUGUUUGACACCAGCUCCAGCUCUUCAUUAGCCGCCCACUAGUAAUAACUGCCUACGCUAGCGACUGUGGAUUCCCAGGCUCAUGCGGUCUAACGUCCCACACUCAAUAUGUCCGCCGGGAAGGUCCACAUUUGCUCAGUAGGAAUGCGGUAGGCGGGGCUGCUAGGCUAGUGUCAAACUUUGGGAAUGACAGGAGUGCUGCAGGAUUCGCAAAGAAGGGGAAGUGUCGCCCUUGUUGGUCCUGUUUGGAUUACUUUGACUUCUUUUUACGCACAGUCUUUGGAUUCACCACCUUUCUACAGAUAGUUUCGCCUCAGCAGAUUCCUCAGCCAUGUCGGAGGACCUGAGCUCCCAACCCUGGUCCAUCAACAAAGAUGAUUAUGAGCUACACGAGGUGAUUGGGAGUGGAGCCACCGCGGUGGUCCAAGCAGCCUACUGUAUACCACGCAAGGAGAAGGUGGCCAUCAAACGCAUCAAUCUAGAGAAGUGCCAGACCAGUAUGGACGAACUCCUGAAAGAGAUUCAGGCCAUGAGCCAGUGCCACCACCCCAACAUCGUGUCUUACUACACCUCGUUUGUGGUAAAGGAUGAGCUGUGGCUGGUCAUGAAGCUGCUCAGUGGCGGCUCUGUGCUGGACGUGAUCAAGCAUAUCAUCUCUCGAGGCGAACACAAGACAGGCGUCCUGGACGAGGCCAGCAUAGCUACCGUGUUGAAAGAUGUGCUUGAGGGCUUGGAGUACCUGCACAAAAAUGGACAGAUCCACAGAGAUCUCAAGGCUGGAAACAUUCUCCUAGGGGACGAUGGUUCAGUGCAAAUUGCAGACUUUGGCGUCAGUGCCUUUUUAGCCACAGGUGGUGACAUCACUCGAAAUAAAGUGCGCAAGACGUUUGUGGGAACACCAUGUUGGAUGGCCCCAGAGGUCAUGGAGCAGGUGAGGGGUUAUGAUUUCAAAGCAGAUAUUUGGAGUUUUGGGAUCACAGCUAUCGAGCUUGCCACAGGGGCUGCACCUUAUCACAAAUACCCACCAAUGAAGGUGUUGAUGCUGACGCUGCAGAAUGACCCUCCAACCCUGGAGACCGGCAUCACAGACAAGGAGAUGGUAAAGAAAUACGGCAAAUCCUUCAGGAAGAUGGUCUCCCUGUGUCUACAGAAGGACCCAGAGAAAAGGCCAACAUCCUCAGAGUUGCUGAAGCAUAAAUUCUUUCAGAAAGCAAAGAAUCACGAGUAUUUACAUGAGAAGUUACUUCAGAGGGCGCCCACAAUAACAGAGAGGUCAAAAAGGGUACGUCGAGUGCCAGGUUCUAGCGGCCGGCUGCAUAAAACGGAGGAUGGCGAAUGGGAAUGGAGCGAUGAUGAGCUGGAUGAAGAAAGUGAAGAGGGCAAAGCAGCUGUUGCUGCCUUAAGGUCACCGAGAGUGAAGGAGGGAUCCCAGAAUUCAGAGGUUUUCCAGACUCCCGAGCCUUUAAGUACUCAACUCCAGCCGAUGGCCGCAGGUCAGGCAGAACUACCUCAGGCUGCAGGCCAGGUUCCACUGCAGCCCACACCAGUCAACACUCAAUCCACUGCCCAGGCUGCAUCUCCCACACCAGCCGCACCCGCUGCUGCUGUUCCCACACCGGCUCCAGCUGCUUCAGCGGAUGUUAAGGCUCCCAUUAGUUUGGUAUUAAGGUUAAGAAAUUCAAAGAAGGAGCUAAAUGACAUCCGCUUUGAAUUUAUGCCAGGGAGAGACACAGCAGAUGGUGUGUCCCAGGAGCUGGUGUCAGCAGGCCUGGUGGACGGGAGGGACUUAGUAAUAGUUGCUGCAAAUUUGCAGAAAAUAGUUGAUGAGCCUCAAGCCAAUAAAAAUGUCACUUUCAAGCUGGCUUCUGGAAUUGAGGGAUCUGAAAUACCAGAUGACGUCAAACUGAUGGGCUUUGCUCAGCUCAGCAUUAGUUAAACUGUUGUUCUACCUGGGACCGUGACUUGCCUAAAAAAUGUGAAAAUUGAAAAAAGAAAAAAAAAAAUAGUUUAAUGCAUUUUUUUUCUUUCUAUGGCUGUAAAGAAACCACUACUGCCAAAGAAAACAGUACCGUUUUGUCACCAUAGGAUUAUAAAAUGCCGCCUCGUUGAAUUAGGUGGUCGGCUGAAGUAUCAGAACGUACAGUAUAAGAAUCACUCAAAAGAAAAAAAGUUUACAGUGUAUAUGUAGAAGGAUGCAAGUAUCUACAGCAAACAGUUUUCAUUUCCCAUUCUGGUCUCCCUCUUUCUGUUAUCUUCUCUCUCUAAUAUGUGAUGCAUUUGCACAAUCUGAACUAACACCCUUGAACCCUGAUAAGUGUAACAAUGCCUUAUAUUCAUCAGAACUACUGAAUGCACGUUUUGGGGAGGUCCCCAGUUACCAUAUGGAGCAUUAUGUUGUCUGAAGUGUACAAAUGUGGUUUCAGGUGCUGGUGUCAAACUUUUUACUUUGAUUUGAACAGAGAAAAGCUGCAGCUUAUUGAGCAAAACUAGAAUUAAAACUUUGUAUAAAACCUGAAAUAUUCUCUCACGAUGAGUGCUGAUGCGAUGUGGCACAAAUAUAAGGCCAAUUUGCUUUUUCAGAAAGAUGUGAACACUCCCAACAGUAAACAGUCUUUAAAGGAUAAGUUUUAAUUUGUGUUUUCCUUAUAACCUGCAGCUUAAUCUUUAAAAAUGUGUCGCCAAUACAUAGUUUAAGUUUUUUCUUUAAAGCCAAAUAAUUUUCUGAAACUCCUGGGCACUUUAGUUUUUAUGAAAUGUUAUUCAAACAGAAGUAAAUAGUGCAUUUGUUGAGGUCUAUUUUCAGCUGUGAUACAAUUGGUGCUUUUACAGCAUUAGCAUAAUAAGUAGACUAGCACCAGACUUAUCCUUCUGAUAUAAAUCUCUAUUAAUUCAUGCAAUAAUAAAAGUGGAAAAAAAAGAAAGAGUAGAAGAUAAUACUUUUGUUUUAGUUUUUAUUUUUACUCAAAACGGAUGUAGAAUGAAAUCAGAAAGAAAACCAAAUUAGCCUUUUUUUUUUUUUUUUUUCGCUCUUGUGAAUAUGAAUAUUCAUUGAAAGUUGUUAUGAAGUAAAAUGUUUAACAGCAGCUGGAACCACACGUUGUUUGAGCAGAUGUGUCUGUCUGUUGGUAUUAGUUUGUGUCUGGAAUCAGUUUCUCAAAUUCUUUAAAAUAGAAAAAAAAGACUUAAGUGCAUAUUUGUUUAUGUGGAUGAAACUAGUACUUGAUUUAACCUCUAGUAUGUAAAUAAUGACAUUUGGCUUUGAUUUGUUUUUAUACUGGGUGUUUCACUCUUGGCCUUUUUUCUGUCCUAUGACACAAUUGUGGGUUGUAGCGCUGCAUGAAGGAAGACGACGACGACACUGCAGAUUUGGCUUUGAAUUUCCUCGUUUUGCAGGACAAACUGUGAUGACGUUCAUUUACUUUUACUCAUAAAAAAAAAAAAAUUCAGCUUUUCACUUCUUGCCUUUGAAAAGUUUGAAUUUAUUUUGCCAUGGAGCCACAGCUGUCCUGAUGCACUGCUCAAUGCUUGUCCACCCUAAAUUUCCUCAAAUUCUGAGCUGAGUAACAUCAAAAUUGUCUCCAACUCUUAAUACCAAGUGGAGGCUGUUUACAGUAACUUAUUUUAACCCACAUCUCAUGUCAUAGAACUGCUUUAUCACUCAUGAAGCUUUUGUGUUUUUUUUUUUUUGGUUGUUUUUUUUAAUGCCUAAAAUGAAGAUUUCACAUCCUCUGGUUUUGAAAAGCUCAACUAUGAUUGUAAACAUUUUGAGCGAUCAGAAAUGUGUUUUGGAUUCAGAUGAAAAAGGCUGUUACCAGCACAGAUGUUACAUCCUCUCAGCCACAAUUUGGAUGUUGUUUCUGCAUUAAUGACAUGGCUUGAUGACAAAUGUGCAUCUCACAGUUACUGGCACUGACGGCAGCGGCAGGUUCAUUUAACACUCUGCUCUAUUGUGUAGAUCUGAAAUGCCAGCAAGGUUUUACUGUUUAAAUUGGUGAUGUGAUAAUGUCAUAACCCUCCAGAUGCCAUAUUGAAUGAAUUUUUUGCUUGCAGAUAAAAUGUUAAGAGGAAAUCUUUGUAUUUUGACUUUAAACAUGUAAAAUUUUACGCUAGCCUUAAAUUGAAAAUGACCAAGUGUAAUUUUCUUUUCUUUUUUUUUUUUUUUGACAUAACGUCAAGGUUUUGAUUCAGAUUUUCAGUGUCUUUGAAAUGUAGUUCUUGUUACACGUAAAGAUACCUGAAAUAAAGAUACACAGGUGUGUCCA